ACACCCUCGGUGACGUUCGAGGUGGACCUCAGUCGGCCGCGAGUCCUCGGACGGUGAGACUCUUUUUUUUCUAUUUACACAUUUUCAUUUACGACCGGAGAAAGAAAGCAGCUUGUUCCUUCGCUCGGCCGCUCGCCUACUCGUCUUCCUCGUGUCAGAGUUUCUUUCAAAGCUUCCUCGCGUUCCUGAAACUACCUCGAGGGCCAAGGUCGAGAGCGAGAGACGUUUUUCCCUCGAACGAUAAGUAAAACACAGUCGCGGUAUACCGGACGGCGAAAGGAUGUGAGAGGACUAUAUGGAUAAACACCAAACGGGCAGGGCAGAUUCAUCGAAAUCACGAACACGUGGCGAGACGUGAAGCGGGCGUUGAGCCUGCUGUGCGUAAAGAAAUUCUCCGGGAGUGCGACCAUGUUGGAGGCUCCACCCGGAAGUCGAGAAGACCUCGUGGAAGCAGCAAGAACUCCAUGUACGCCUACAGAUCUGGACACCAUGUUGUACGGAUACACAAAUAGCAUAUACGUGCUGGACCACACUCCCGAAUCCUUGCCGGAUAUGGAUAUGCUGCAACUAUUCGCCUCGCCGGCAGGACGAGCACUUCUCACUAACGACGACCGGCCGAGAGGAUCGACGUCGACCUCCUCCUUGUCUCGAGAAUCCUCCUCGAGGUUGAAGAGGGGCAGAAGACCAUCGGGAACCGGGACGGUAAGCGCGCCCACUUCCCCGCCGAGGCAACGAAAGUCAAGCGCGGAGCUUUACAAAGAAGCCGUUGAAAUACUCGGACUCACGUGUUCUCUGACCGACAGUUGUCGAUGCAUCGAUUGUCAGAGCAACUACUUUGACUGCGACGACGAUUGCGGCGAUGCGAGAACGGAAUUGGCUGCGGGCACUCCCAUACUGCUCGAUCACGCUUUGUCGCAUCCAUUGGCGUGUUCCAUACAGUAGCAGGCCAAGUGGACGAGAACAAAAGAAGAACCCGGACCCUUUAUUAACUCAGCCUACCGCGCAUCGUCUAAAACUUAUUCUGCCAGAUCUUUGGAGGAUCUUUGGAGGAAAAGCGACGAAAGAAACGUUUUCGAAAGUAACGUUUUUCCUCCUUCGCAUAUCUUUCAAAUUGCGCAUCUGUCGAAUUUUCAAUUUAUACAUCUUUCUUCAUUAUUGUCAGCUCGAAUUAUCUCGUCCGAAUGAUCAUCGAGUACUACCUACAUACGUUUGUACUUUUGGAAAAUCAUAAAACAAGGAGGUUUUGCGAUCGACGAAGAAUAGGCAGACGAAUAAAGGGACGCUAAUGACUAUGCCAAAUUAUCGAUAGAAGGAUAGCGUUAAUCCAGUUCAUUCGUGUACCUACGCGGUGCGUUAGACAAUUAUAUUAUACAUCAUAUUUCCUACUCCUUUUAUUAUUAUUGUUAUUAUUGUAAACUAAUCGAGUUUAGCGAAUUCAAAUAUAUCGUUGCUCAGAGUUAAACCAAAGAUAUAUGUGAGGAGAAAAAUGCGCGUACGCAGGUACGCCGGUUUCUCCCUAGAUUACCGUCUUCUUUUCUCGGAGUAAGAAGGUGUUUGUGUAUAUUACGUAGAUCUUAACGAUAAAUGAUAUAUGACAUAGUUAUAAACGAAAUUAGGCCUGAGAACGAUUUAUGCGUUCACCCGAUCGAAGAUGCAAGAUGAUGUUCGAGGGGUGGGGGGGGGGGAAGAGGGAAAAACAUCCCGAAAAUCUCGAAGGAGUCUAAAACGUAUUGUAAGAGGGGAUUCUAGUGCCAAAUAACAAGACACGUUCGUAAGCUACGCCGUUUACGAAUUAUCUGUACCUACCUUGUUGCUAAGCUUGCCAGAUUAUUAAAUGAAUAUUUCAAUGAUGAAUGAAUAAAUAAAUAAAUAAAUAUAUAGGUAUAUAUAUAUAUAUACAUAUAUAAUAUAAUAUAGAUGGAGUUUCGAGCGCUCUGAUCGAGUUUUCUAUGUACAUCUCGAGUUACAAAUCGAAGCCUUCCCCAAUAACUAUAUUAUUAACGUACACACAGGAUUUCGUAAAUUGACAUCAUUAAAAGUACAUACAAUUCGUCGUUUGUUCUUUCUUUGAUGACAAAGCGGAAAAAAAGAAAUGUUAUAAUUGUUACUUUUUUGACAACGAGACACACCUACUCUCUCUCUGCGUUAUAACAGGACGUACGCUGACUGCCAGCGAUUUAUCGUACAAUUGAAAGAUUCGAUUUCGACGAUGUCGUCGUCGUCGUCGUCGUCGUCGUCGAUUUCGAUUCAAUUUGUCUUCCUUUAUCCAAUAUUAUAAUCGUUUGCGUAUAUCUAUCGACUCUAUCCAAGUCGUCGUUUUAUAUCGCGCCAAACGAUUCGAUCUCAUGGAAAUGUUACAAUUUAAUCUACAAUUACCGCGGUGGAAUCUAAGUAGAAUAGAGCUUUUAAGAAGACAUUUUUCCAACAAAUAAACUAUCCAAGACUAAGGACAUUUCCUCUUUGCUUUGUCGAAAUCGUUAACGAAACGCUAUAUCCGAUUAGAUAUUCAUUCUCUUACUGAUACAUAUAUAUAUACUUACUUACGAUUAGUUAUUUACUUCUAUACGUAUUACUGCCUUUUUACUCGCGAACAGGAACGUUUAGAUUACUUGGAUUCAUUCUUAUCGAUCGAUCGAUUUGCGAUUUAGCUCACGACGAUUCUCAUCUGUGAAAAUAUAGGCGAAAUCAAUAAGAGAUAUCCUUCUCAUUCCAGCGAGACGCAUUUCAAAUCGAGAAUGAUUCAAAAGCGUGACAGAUAUCGAGCUCUCUGUCUUUUAAUCGAUCAUUUUAUAGCAACGCGGUUAUUACGAACAAAUCUAGAAGCAUUCCUGUAAACUACGAUGGCGUACUCUUGGAUAUGGCUAAAAUUCAAAUAUAAUAUAAUAAAAUAUAGCUCCAUUUCCGUUUUAA